UUACCAUAGAUAUCUACCGUCAUCCUGAAUCUUGGUAUAGUCUACCAAUCCGAACAUCAAUCAAUACUAAGAUUGAUAAAGCAUCUACCACAAGGGAAUAGUCUGUAAAUUCCUCGACUAGCAUUCUCUCUCAUUCUCAUUGCCAUUGCUUUCCAUCUCAUAUAAAAAUGUACCUCCGCGCCAUCCACGCAGAAUCCAACAUCCCCCUCCUCCAACAAUUCAUUCGCGACAACCCCCUCGGCAUCUUAACAACAGCCAUCAAAUCCCCGCUCUACCCAUUCCUUCAAUCGAGCCAUAUCCCAUUUAUCCUGGAUGUGCCAGACAUAACAACCCCAGGAAUCAGCACCGAAAAUGAAAAUAAUGAAAAUGAGGCAGUAGAACAAAAGCCAUUGGGCAUUCUUCGCGGCCACAUCGCAAAACAAAACCCCCAAGCAAAAGCAUUGAUCGAUCUAGCCUCUACCCUCACCAACAACAACAACAAAGAAGCAAGUCUAAAUCCCACCCCCGAACUCCCAGACGAAGUCCUAAUCCUCUUCAACGGCCCAUGUCACCACUACGUCACACCCAAAUUCUACAAAGAGACAAAACCGGACACGGGAAAGGUAGUGCCCACGUGGAACUACGCCGCCGUGCAGGCGUAUGGGAAGAUACGGAUCUAUGCGGACUCAAGGGAUGAAAGAACGAACGCGUUUCUGCAGAGGCAAGUGGAGGAUUUGAGUUCCUUUGCUGAGAGGGAAAUCAUGGGAUAUACCGGAACCGGUGCUGUCACCGAUGCGGGGGAGAAACCGUGGGCGGUUUCGGAUGCACCCAGUUCGUAUGUUGAGAUUCUCAAGAGGAAUAUUGUUGGGAUGGAAGUCAGGAUUGAACGGUUGCAGGGAAAGUGGAAGAUGAGUCAGGAGAUGAAGGAGGGGGAUCGGGAGGGUGUUGUUGAGGGGUUUGAGAAGUUGGGGAGUGAUGUUGGUAGGGAGAUUGCGCGGACUGUCAGGGAGCGCGCUGAAUUGAUACGCCAGUAGAUUCAUUAAAAUACAGCAGAUAAUUCUGAAGGAAAACCGACUAGAAAACCGACUAACCGACCCCUACGGUAACCUUCGGGGUCGCGCGUAUUGCGCGACCCUGACAACCACCCGAGCACCCC